UCAGAUCCAUAGGACGAUUUGCCUUAACUCCCCACAUUUAGACAAGAACGAGAGAUCGGCGGUCUGGGCGCAAAACAGAAGUGGAUCAUAGCUGCUGGUGUUUAUGUAAUGUAUUGGGCUGGAAGGAAAAAACGUGAAAAAUGGAUGACGCAGAGUCAAGGUUCACCCACCUCCUGCAGCCAAUCAGGGAUCUGACGAAGAACUGGGAGGUGGAUGUAGCAGCUCAGUUGGGUGAAUACUUGGAGGAGUUGGACCAAAUUUGCAUUUCCUUUGAUGGUGGGAAAACUACAAUGAACUUUGCAGAAGCUGCUCUUCUCAUCCAGGGGUCAGCAUGUAUCUACAGUAAAAAGGUGGAAUACCUUUACUCAUUGGUGUACCAAGCUCUGGAUUUUAUUUCCAAUAAAAAGAGGGACCAACAGCCAGCUUCCGUAGGAGCAGAUGGGGUGGAUAAGGAUGCCACGUUUGCACAUCGCAAUGAUGAAGAGGAAUUUCUAAGUCUAGAUGAUAUAAUUGACCCCAAGAAAACAAAUGUGGACAUAAAAAAGGACCAAGUACUCCAUGUAGUAAACAUUGUUCCACUUACCCCAAUGGCUCUUGUCCCUCCUGAGGAGACUGAGAAGAAAAACAACCCUUUGUGCAGCCGUAAAGGGGAGGUCUUAGCCAGCAGGAAGGAUUUCCGAAUGAACACGUGCACACCUCACCCCAGUGGAGCAUUUAUGCUAGAACUGGCUGGAAAGUCCCCCAUGCAGUUCCUUCAACAUAUCCAGCAUCAUGAGGAAGCCAGCCUUGCUCAAGGUGAACAGAAUGCAAUCCCAGAAGGUGAGAAUGAUAAUAUGGAGGCAGAGAAAUCAGAUUGUGCUGACCCUGUGCAGGUGCUACAGUUCUCUGAUGAAGGAGCACCUGCAGCAGAGAAUGGUGAUGGGGCUGGAUUUCUUCCACUUGAUGAUCACGAUGAAGCCGGUGAUGGAGAAGUGGAGCAAGCAGAGCACAUUGAGCGGCGAAAGAUGCAGACGGAAGAGAGAGGCUACGUUCUUCGGGAGAGACUUGAACAAAAACCUGCUUCAGCUAUUAAGAAUGAAACUUCUGACCCCUGGUGUGGUUUGGAUCCUUUUGAGUCCUGUGAAGAAAAGCCAUUUAAAAAAGGUAAACACUAUACACUUCCUCGAGGUAUUGCAGAAGACCUCUCUUCAAACAAGAGAAAGCGAAAGCUACCUUGCAAGCUGCAAGACUUCAUGAAAUGGUUCUCCUCUACACAUUGGGAUGGUUCAGAAGCCAUGAAAUUGCGAAGGAAAGGGCCAACAUUUGCAGACAUGGAAGUGUUGUACUGGAAGCACAUAAAGGAGCGAAUGACUGCACAAAGGCAGCUUCACAGGAGGAUGGGUGCACAGUUUGUGAAAGAGGUUACUUUGUUGAAUCAAGAGGAAGAGCUAGUUAAUCCUUUGGAGGAGCCUCGUGAUGCAGAUUAUUUGGAUUAUGAUGGUCCUGCAGAUGAUGCUUCAGACCAUGAAGAUUUGGGAGAGAAUAUUCCAGCCUGUUUACGUGAGGAGCCUGCCCUUGGGGAUAUAGAGCCUGUAACUCUCCAUGAUCAGUUAAGUUACGAGGAGCUGGUGAGAAGAAAUGUGGAGCUCUUCAUGGCAAAUUCUCAGAAGUAUGCCCAGGAAACUGUACUUUCAUUGCGGGUGCGUGAGUGGGAGGAUAAAAUGGGCCCACAGUUACAGGAACAGGAAGAACGUGGAGCUUUUGACAUUCAUGAUUAUGGCGACCGAUUAACUGCACAAUUCAGUAAAGUAGGAGAAUGGCGUUCAUUUGCCAGUCUCAUGGCAGACAAAGAACCCUAUGAGGUGUGCAGAUACAUGCUGGCAUCCCUUCAAUUGGCUAAUGAUUACACUGUAGAAGUUUCACAAAAACCUGGCCUACACGAAGGUUUGGAUACUAUGGCACUGCGCCUAUUAAGUCAGCAAAAAGCACACGAGAGGUUUAAAACCUACACAGCGCCAUCCAUCUCUCAGCAGUGACAGACUCUUCUUAGCCUUGUGUUUGCAGUGUAAGCUGCUAAAGUACUCCUGCUAUAUACCGCUCAGGUGUGCACAGCCAGUGGACAUUGUGUGACCCAGUCAUGGUCAUGUGGCUGCAGUAUUCUUCAAGCACAGGGUUCUGAAAGGCACUGCAGAAAAAUGCUGACCUUGGAUUUGAUUUUUAAGCUAGAAUUUUAGUCUUCUCAGAAGUAUGCCACCGUGCUGUAGUCACCAACCUGUACAGUUCCUUAAUUAUCAUGCAAAUCAUGACUGUGGGUGGGGCAACUUUAUUGUACAGGGCGCAUAUUAUUUAGACUAAGCAUUCUAAUGUAUGUAUAAUUACUAUUAUGCUCCUUUGCAUUGAAUGUGUUUAUUGAUAUUCUAAUUCCUGCUUUGGUACCACUGUGGUUAAUACACAAAGUGCUCUGUGGAAAAGCUAUGUAGUCAGGGCCACCUUAAGUAACUAUUUUAUUUGAUCUGAGUACUGUACAUAUGUUGUUUUAUCCGUUUUCUUUGUACAGCAUUCCUAUUUGUCUUUGGCUUUUAUAUCUAUAAAAAUCUGCAUUAUUAUGUAUCAGUGGACUGAAGAUUAUUUGAUAUUCUGCAAGUCUGUAUAUUUGUAAGCAGAUGGAAAAAAAAAAUACAGAACAAAUCCAUUUUAGUGGGAAAGGGGAAUUGCUGAUGUUUACGCUAUAUCUGCUCCAUGUAAGCGUGUAUUCAGGCUAUAGAUAGUAGUACAAAUUGUCCGGAUAUUGUAUUAAAUACAUUGCAUAUAAUGUGUCAGUUUUGUAAAUUAAAUUAUAUAAAGUGACAUCAUUCUUGUGCAUGGUAUUAAAUACAACAUGAAAGAUA